AACAUGUUCAUCUUCGUUUAUUUUUGUCUUCUCGUUUAUUGUUGGAAUAUCCAAAGGCAUCCCCACCAACUAUUGAUUUGUUCUUUGAUUCUUGUACAUUCUUGGGUGUUUUCUAUUUCCUUUUUCUCAUUACAUGUUUGACUGAUUCUUCUGUUUCCACGGCUUGGGGAACAAGUAUUUCUUGCCUAUUCCUCUGUUAUCUAAGCUGGUUGAUGCCCUUUAUAAACAGUUCAGAAGCUUGCGUUUUGCAAUAAGAAAACCUUGUUUUCCUUUGUUGAAGUGCGGAAAUUCUGAGAAUCCUCCAUGGAGGACAAAUAUGCAAUCAAGAAAGAUGUUACUGAAUUAAUAGGUAACACGCCUAUGGUAUAUCUGAACAAUAUCGUCGAUGGUUGCGGAGCUCGAAUUGCUGCCAAGCUUGAGCUGAUGGAACCUUGCUCCAGUGUUAAAGACAGGAUUGCAUACAGUAUGAUUAAAGAUGCAGAAGAUAAGGGCUUGAUUACGCCCGGGAAGGUAUGGUGCCGUAUUCGAAGAUGCUUUGCUCAGUUUAGCUUCCCAGUUAAUGCAUAUGAAGUGGUUGUUUGAUAACCUAACCAGGAUGAAAUAUAGACCCAAGAACAGUUAAAACUUCAGAUUGUUUUGGAAGACUAUCGUAAUAUCUUCUGCAGUUUUCAAUUGACUUUUGAUCAAAUGAGGGCUAUUUUCAACAUGGAAUGGUCCAGACACGGAACAUUUAAGCUAACAAAUUUCCCGUUUCUUCUGCAUAUAUUGAAAUAAUAUCGGCUAUAGAGUGUUCUCAUCGACACUACCAGUGGUAAUACCGGCAUUGCAAUGGCUUUCACUGGGGCAGCCAGCCAGGGGUUAUAAAGUUAUUGUCACAAUGCCAGCUUAUAUGUUUUAUGUUUCAUUUAUA